AUGAUAGUGAUGUGUGCACCUUCACUAGAGUUAACAGGUGUCCGUUUGUCAUCAGUCGACCUUCCCACGCGGGUUCCUAGAUGGAUCCCGGGUAUCGAGGGAUAUUCCGUUCCAGGCACAAUAGGUGCUGGACGGUUCGUUCCGACCCUAAUCAGUUUGCUGCUAUCCAAGAGAUAUGGUUUUCAGCCCGAAGACAGUGUGACAUUUCCCGUUCUCCCUACUCAUAAGGUUCACAUCAAUCAGUUGGUUCCCAAUGGUAUAAGCAAGGUGGUUGCUUUUGAGAUGAUGUGGCGUGCUAAUGGGAUCAACCCUAACAUUUGGGUUUUUCGUCAUUUCUUCCAUUUCGCUGCUGUUUCCUCUGGUGAAAGUUAUACCUGCGACGUCCGCAAGCAUAGUCAUGUUCUAGUUGUUGGAUUAGAUGCUUGUUGGGGCUGGUAUGAGUUCAUCGUGGCGGCUUCGUGGAAAGAUGUUAGAGUUUUACAUUGUGUCGAGAGGGUUGACUUUAUAGACGUGUUGGCAAAAAAGUGGGUGAGAAGUCUCCGAUAUCGUGAAGUGGAGCUUAUUGACAGGGUGUUUCCGUCAUUUCCUUUCUGUAAUGAGGCUUUCAUUGUUCGUGCGUCUCCAAUUCAGGAUGCUGAGCGGCGUCGUGCUGUUGUGGAGCCUUCACGAAAAAAUUUGGGGAAAAAGAGCUUGUGGAAGACAGUAAGGAGGGAAGUUGGUUGGGGGGAGUACACGUGUGGCGAGUGCUCAAACGGAGGUGCAAAUCUUGUUGAGUCUGAACCAGGUGUUGUUUUGGAAACUUCAGAGCGCUUGAAUGUUGCGGGUGGUGGGAGUAAUGUGAAUGAGGGUUCUCAUUUCUUGCGUUUUGGUCAUAUAAAGUCUCCAACUGUUGGUGAUAGCGGAUUGGGGAGUUCCAACGGUGUGGUUUUUUUUCCUUCCUGGUACUUGAAAAAUGAUUCACGCUUGUCCUUGUUUGAAGCUGUUAUAGAUUUCACGAAGAAUGUUAUUCCUCUAGGCACACAAUCUGAAACGACCAAUUAUUCUUUAACUAACCUUGUUGGGUUUUUUCGCUUUGCUAUAGCUAAGGGCGCCAACUUCUUUGCUAAAGGUGCUAACCGUCUUGAACGAUUCCUUGUCGUUGAUGGUGAUCUUGCCCCCUUUGUGAAAGAAAAUCAUGCCCUUUGUUCAGAAAAUGUUGCAUUAAAGAAUAAAAAUUUUGAGUUUAAGGGAAAUGUUUCGUGGUUGGAUGUUCUUGAUUCAGAGAAGAAAGUGUUGGAGGAAAAUGUCACGAGUCUUGAUCAUGACAAGCUCGCUUUGGGGGUUGUGGUGGGUCGACUGAAACAGGAGAAUGAGGGAACCGUUAUCCGUUUUGAAGAGAUAUGGUUGAGGCAUUGGCCUCUAAACUCAAGGCAGGUCAAAGCCAUAGGAUUUGGAAUCAUGUUCCAUUUUGAAGAGAUAUGGUCGAGGCAUGGGGCUCUAGAUUCAAGAUAG